AUGCUGCCACUACGCAGCAUUCCGGGAACUCUGUUCCGCAUCAGACCCUCAAUACACCAGACUCACCGCCACAACCGCCUCUUCUCCGCCCUCGCUGCCUCACCAACCUCAAAGACCCAAGUCUACACCUCAAACUCGCGCGACCCCUACGUGAACCUCUCCAUCGAGCAUCACCUCCUCCAAACGACCCCGUCUGACUCGACUGUCCUCUUUCUAUACACAAACCGCCCCAGCAUCGUCAUCGGCCGCAACCAGAACCCGUGGCUUGAGGUCAACCUUCCCCUCCUCAAGUCCCUACCCCAGUCUGAUGCCAUCGACCUCGUCCGCCGCCGUAGCGGAGGCGGAACGGUUUUCCACGAUGAGGGCAAUGUGAACUACUCCGUCAUCUGCCCGCCCGCAAACUUUGACCGCGACACCCAUGCAGAGAUGGUUGUCCGCGCCCUCCGCUCCCUCGGUGUCGAGGGCGCCGCCGUCAACUGCCGCCACGACAUUGUCAUGACUCUUCCCCCUCCGCCUUCCUCUUCAGGAACCUCCGACAAAGCACCGGAUACCACCGCCUCCGCAGAAGCGGCAUCAUGCAGCAAGCCAAAGGUGAACGCGGAAAACACGUUCAAGAUCUCCGGCUCGGCGUACAAGCUCACCCGUCUCCGCUCCCUGCACCACGGAACGUGUCUACUCUCGUCCCCGAACCUGCCGCGCAUCGGCAGCUUCCUGCGGUCUCCCGCGGAGCCCUUCAUCAAGGCUCGCGGCGUCGAGAGCGUGCGCUCACGCAUCCGCAACGUGGGCAUCACCGACACAUCGACGUUCGAGGAUGCGGUGAUUGGUGAAUUUGGAAAGAUGUACGGUGACUUCACUGUCCGGGCAGAACUGGGCGAGAAGGAUGCGCUCGGAGAGGAUAAGGUUAAGAAGGGACUCAGGGAAUUACGGGUAAGCUGGCAUUUCUUUUCUCCUCGUUUGGCGAUAGUGAUGGUCAGAAACUAA